AUGUCCGGAACGCUGGGGAAGCAGAAGAGCAAAGCAUCGCCAGAGGGAGCAAAAGGUAAAAAGAUUGAAGGCAACUACGUUAUCCACACAGCAAUGGACCUUCAAGCACAUGCGCAAUCCUCUGACGACGAUAUCCAAGCUUUCAAUGAUCUCACCCCCUCAUCUCCGACUCUUGCUUCUCAAUUCAACAUUCCAGAUAUCGACUUACUACCUGAAGCCUUUUCUCUCGAUACACUUACAUCCAGAGCUCCUUCACCGGCAAGUGAUAUGGCUAUUUCUGUCACGGGCUCUGAUUUCAACUCGGAAAUGGAUGUCGAUGAGAUUUUCGAUGACAGCUCACUGCAUGACCUGUUCCUUGAGGCCGAUGACCGAGACCAAUUUUCUGAUAUGCCCCCACUACUUCAGGACUUUUCGGAUGAUGAAGGAGAGGAGGGGGACCCUCUGCAUGAAGAUGGGCAUGUGAAGUCAAGGUUGCUGCUUGAUCUCCUGGAUGACACAUUUCUGUCAAGCAUGGAUGAAGAGAGCUCAGCGCCAAGUAUUGUGCCAGUCGCCUCUGUUCCUGAUGUGUUGCAGCACGAGAACACCCCCGUGGAUGAUGUCCAGCCAGCAGAAAGACCAUCACAGCCUGCUUGCGAAGUUCAUGAUGAUGCCUCGCCUUAUUGGUUCUGGAAGAUCAUCUUACUUCUAGUACCGUGGCUCCACCUCCAUUAUCACCUUCCCCACCGUGCUAAUAAUUUGAUUUUAAAAGUGCUUGCCAUCAUAUUUCAUGGUCUCGGUGCUUUCGGGGUGCAAGAUAAGCCUGAGCAAACAUUGAAAACUGUUUAUGCGAGGCUUGAACUUACCGAUCAUUUUGAUGUUCACCCUUUAACAAUCAUCAAAGGAUGCGGAGUCGAAACACGGAUCUUCCAAGCCGAGACCAAAGUUACAGAUGGCAUGGAGAAAGAGAUGGAUGUGUGGCGAAAGCAGGAGAAUCCUGCCGGCAAGAGGACAAGAAUUCAGGAUGGCGACAUAUGGCAGACUCUACGUGGAUCAGACGGCGAGUUCUUUUUCGACAACAGUUCUGAGCGUAGCAGCUGCGAUGAAUUGAGAAUUGGAAUCACUCUCGGCUUCGAUGGAUAUAGCUAUGAAAGAAGCACCACCUCAAGCUCUCACAGUUCAGGAGUGAUGUCUAGCUGCAUCGCCAAUCUCCCAACAUAUUUACAUAUCACUCCAGGGCCAAAGGAAUUUAACUCGGACCAACUACAGCACUUCAUGAAGAACUAUAUCGAUGACCUCCUCAAGCUCUAUGACGAUGGUAUUCUCAUCAAGACACCAGGGUAUCCAAGUGGUCGACGGAUUCGUGUCAUUCUUGUCGCUGUCUGCUGCGACCAUCCCACGAUGUGUAAGGUGUGCGGCUUUGGAGGACACUCGAAGGAAGAGGGAUUCUGCACGCAAUGUCACAUCCCAAAGAGUAAGCUAUCUACAGAAGAUGCCAUGGACUACGAUAAAUUUACUGCGCGCGACGGUCAAGAGCAUAAGCAAUGUGCCAAGGAAUACCACGAUCUACCAUCAAAUCCUAUGCAUAGCUUCCUGCUUGGUAUAAUUCGGACUCAAUGGUUCAAUGCCUGGAUUAAUGGAAAGAAUUUCCAUCAGCGCACUAGGACUGCAGAAGUUGUUCGUGAGCUGGAUCAAAUUCAUGCUUAUUUGUUGGUGUUUGAAAUGCCCUCAUGGGUAGCACGUCUUCCUGAGAAGCUCAUCAACCUGUUGGCAACCACGAACACCGAAGACAACAGCAAGUCUGGACUUCUCCUUCAUACUAUCCGUUUGAUGCUUGCAACUGAUGGGGACACUCAAGGAACUGUAGCCUCACUUGCACGUGAAGCUGAAGAGUCGAGUACAGAUGCAACAUCAGCUCGUUCAGCAUUACCAGAACACAUAUCCCAGGCCAGCGUUGUGAGCGUACUCACAUGUGCAACUGCUGAAAACCCCAAUCCGAACUAUCUUCUUGCAUGA